CCUGGGGUCUCGGCUGCCUCGAUCGCUCGCUAUGCAGGUGGACCACCAAGAGCACCGCGCCUCCUUGAGCGGGCUGCAGUUCCAGCUGCAUCCGCUGGUGCUCAUCAACAUCUCAGACCACCACACGCGCACCCGGGCCAAUGCGGGCUGCGGGGCGGGCGAGGAGUUCAGGGUGAUGGGGUGCCUGCUGGGCAGCCAGUCGGGGCGCACCGUCGACAUCUCCAACUCCUUUGAGAUGCGCUACCUGGAGAGCAGCGCCGUCGACAUAGACCACGCCUUCCUGCUGAAGAAGAUGGAGCAAUACAAGCAGACCUUCCCGCAGCAGGAUGUGGUGGGGUGGUACGCCACAGGCGCAGACACAACUGAUGCCGACAUGUACAUCCAGCGAAAGCUCAUGGAGAUUAAUGAGUCGCCCAUCUUCCUGAGGCUGGACCCGCGCUGCGAUCCCGGCCAGAAGGACCUGCCUGUGUACCUCUAUGAGAGCGAGCUGCAUGUGCUGGAUGGCGUGCCCUCCUUCAUUUUCGUGCAGGCCAAGUACACAAUAGAGACGUCUGAGGCUGAGCGGAUCGGCGUUGACCAGGUGGCUAAGAUCCUGCCCACAGGCGGCACCGCCACGGGAGCCACCCAGCUGUCUGCCCACAUGACCAGCAUGCACAGCGCCAUCAAAAUGCUGAUCAGCCGCGUGGAGCUGCUGCACCAGCUACUGCUCAAGAUGCAGUCAGGCGAGGUACCUUUUGACCACCAGCUGGUGCGCCAGGCGGCAGGCCUCAUCAAGCGCCUGCCCGCCGUCGACUCUCAGCAGUUUGGCCAGGACUACACGACGGAGCACAACGACACGCUGCUGGCCAUCCUGCUGGCCGCCGUCACCAAGGGAACCGCCUCAUGCAAUGAGAUUGUGGAUAAGUGCAACCUGGCCUUUGACCGCGUCAGCCUCAAGGGCAGCGGGCGCAAGGGCGGCGGCAUGGGCAGCACCAUAGGGCUGCCCAUGGGCAUGCUGGGCGGGCUGGGCAGCGACUUCUUGUGACCCAGCGCAGCAUUGUUUGGCGGCGCAGCCGCCAUGUAACUUCAGCACUGU